UUGACAACCUUCCCUCGAGUUUACUGCCCGCCCCUUGACAAUAUGCCGCCAGCCAUGCCGCAGACACCCCACAAGGAUGACCUCGAUGAAACGUGGUCCUUCUUGGAGGCCGGGAUCAACAGUGUGAUGCUGAAGUUAGAGGAGGGUGUUGAUAUGAAAACCUACAUGGCUCUUUAUACUGCCGUCCAUAACUUUUGCACUUCUCAAAAAGCUGUGGCUAGUAACCAAGGCUUACAGGCUCACCGUGGAGCCCACUUGCUUGGCGAGGAACUUUACAAGUUGCUUGGAGAGUAUCUAUCACGUCAUUUGAGUGUCGUAUUCAGGGAAUCACAAGGUCAUGCCGAUGAAGCGCUGCUCGGUUUCUACAUCCGCGAGUGGACUCGUUACACGACUGCCGCCAAAUACGUAAAUCAUUUGUUCAGCUACCUUAACCGCCACUGGGUCAAACGUGAGAUCGACGAGGGCAAAAAGAAUGUUUACGAUGUUUACACUCUGCAUUUGGUCAAAUGGAAGGAUGACUUCUUCGAGAACGUGCACGGGAAGGUGAUGGAUGCUGUUCUCAAUUUGAUUGAGAAGCAGAGGAAUGGGGAAACUAUUGAACAAUCCCAGAUCAAGAGUAUCGUCGAUUCCUUCGUUUCGCUUGGAUUGGACGAGAAUGACAGCAAAAAAUCGACCCUUGAAGUCUACCGACAGUACUUCCAGCGACCCUUCAUCGAUGCGACCAGAGCAUACUAUGAAACUGAGUCUCGGCAGUUUGUGGCGGAGAACAGUGUCGUGGAAUACAUGAAGAAAGCUGAAGCUCGUCUCGAGGAGGAAAAAGCCCGCGUCGGCCUCUAUCUCCACCCCGACGUUGCGAAGAGCCUCACCGAGACAUGUCUUGAUGUUCUGGUCACCAAUCACUCUACUUUGCUUCGCGAUGAAUUCCAGGUCUUGCUUGAUAACGAGCGCCAGGAGGAUCUGGCUCGUAUGUAUCGACUCCUGUCGCGCAUCAAGGAUGGCCUGGACCCGCUUCGCGCCACUUUUGAAAACCACGUGAGGCGCGCCGGUUUGGCUGCAGUAGAGAAGGUUGCCUCAGAGGGCGACAACUUUGAACCUAAGUUGUACGUUGAUGCCCUUCUCCAGGUACACACGUGCUAUCAGAAAUUAGUUGAUGAGGCCUUCAAUGGCGAAUCUGAGUUCGUGCGGUCUCUCGAUAAUGCCUGCCGCGAGUUCGUCAACCGCAACCGCAUUUGCAAAUCCACUACAACCAAGUCUCCUGAAUUGUUGGCGCGAUAUACCGAUUCACUUCUCAAGAAGGGAUCAAAGGCGGCUGAGGAGUCUGAACUGGAGGAGAUGCUCGUUCAAAUCAUGACAGUCUUUAAGUACAUCGAAGAUAAGGAUGUUUUCCAGAAAUUUUACUCCAAGAUGCUGGCCAAGCGUCUGGUGCAUGUCAGCUCAGUGUCCGAUGAUGCAGAGACCAGCAUGAUCAGCAAGCUGAAGGAGGCCUGCGGCUUUGAAUACACCAACAAGUUGCAGCGCAUGUUCCAGGACAUUCAAAUUUCAAAGGAUUUGAACGCCAACUAUAAGGAUUACCAAGACAAGGUUCUUGAUGAUGAUGACCGGAAGCGUAUGGUUGAUGCACACUUCCAGAUUCUUGGAACUGGUUUCUGGCCUCUGAACCCGCCAACUAGUGACUUUACUGCUCCUAUUGAGAUCAGCAAGACCGCCAAGCGAUUUGAGAAGUUCUACUUCGACAAGCAUAAUGGUCGUAAGCUAACGUGGCUAUGGCAGCUAUGCAAGGGUGAAGUGAAGGCCACCUACAUUAAGAAUGCCAAGGUGCCUUACACUUUCCAAGUCUCAACUUACCAAAUGAGCAUCCUAUUGCUGUUUAACGAGACCGAUACUCUGUCAUAUCCUGAGAUCCAAAAGGCCACUGCCUUGGGCCCUGAUCUACUUGAUCCCAACCUCAGCAUCCUCUUGAAAGCUAGGGUACUUCUCGCAAGCACCGAGGGUAAACCUGGUCCUUCCACCACUUUCUCCUUGAAUUACAACUUCAAGAACAAGAAGAUCAAGGUCAACCUUAACAUUCAGAUCAAGUCGGAGCAAAAAGUAGAAUCUGACGAUACACAUAAAACCAUAGAGGAGGACCGGAAACUGCUUCUCCAGUCCGCUAUCGUUCGCAUCAUGAAAUCCCGGAAAAAGAUGAAGCAUGUCCAGCUGGUCCAGGAAGUUAUUCAGCAGGUCAAGUCCCGCUUCCCUCCCAAGAUUCCGGACAUCAAAAGAAACAUUGAAGCUCUCAUGGAGAAGGACUACAUUGAACGUCUAGACGGGGAUGAGAUUGCUUACAUUGCUUAA